AUGUGGAAAUAUGGAGGAGGAAUUGACCAUGCAGAUUCUUUUCGAAUUUCCAAGGCGGAUUUUGCGAACUGGGAGAAAAAGUGCCAGUGUUUGAAGACUGAAAGUGCUAAUGCAGAAUCCUGCGGAACUUCGAUUGGCCCAUUGAAUGAUAUCCACAAUGAACUGAACUGUGCUUCUGUUAAUAGUUUUGAUAAAACUCAUGUCCAGUCUUUUGAUUUUAACACCUCAAAUAGUGUUGUGCCUUUACAAAGCUAUACAAAUGAGAGAUCUCAGGUAUCUUACUCUGAUUUAUCUCAAGUCUCAGAGGCUGGCCCUCCUCUACACAUUAUGCUUGGGGGAACACGAGUAGGAGAUGCACAUGUCUUGAAGAAUUCAGCAGGUUAUGUUGGAUAUCAACAUUCAUUCAACACUGUUGCUGAGGAAUGCUCAUCAUCUGAUUAUGUCAUUAAAGGAUCUGUGAGUUUAUUGUUAGCAUACUCUUAA